CUGGAGCGGAAGCCUUCAGCGGGUUUUCAGACGUGUAGUUUGUUUUUUGUCUUUUUUCUCUCCGAACGCUCUGCAGACGGUGCAGCGGAUCAGCACCGACCCGGAUCCAGGAACAGUUAGGAAAAAGGAGCAGACAGCAGCUGGACUGAAACCAGAAGCCGACUGUCCUCCGCGUCUGUUGUUAGCGUGCUGCUAGCUUAGCACGCUGCUAGCUUAGCUGUGAUGGACAGGACGCAGGCUGGAGCGGGAGAAUGACGGACCUGGUCUUUGGACUAGAGCCGGGUCAGUGUCGGAGCUGAACACGGAUCAGUACCCCCGUCCGGACCAGGAGCCGCUCCUGACCGGCUCUGAAGUGAUGCUGUGAGUCGUUGAGCUUCCAGGCCGAUCAUGGAGUCUUUCCUGCAGAUAGCCCCGCACUCACUGGCCAUCGUCCUGACCCGGAUCGGGUCUGCGGAGACCGCGGGGGCCACCGGGGUGUCGGAGAGCGACCAGCUCCCGCGGCACCACACCGGAUAUGAGAUUUUUGCCGAUUUCAAAGCGGAAAACACUCAGCAGCACGUGUGGAACCAGCGGAUCAUCGAGGCCGUGUCGGAGACCUUCUUUCUGGGCUGGAUCGACGAGCAUGUGCUGCUGAUCCAGGGCAAGGAGGAGCACCUGGAGGCGCUGAGGGAGGGCUGGAUGCGGAGGUCCCUGAACCCGCCCCGGGGCUUCACCAUCAAGUACCUGGGGGAUGUGUCGCCUAUCAGUAUGUCCCCCAUCAGCCAAUCACAGUUCAUCCCUCUGGGCGAGGUAUUGCUAUUGGCCAUCUCUGCUAUGAACUCCGCCCAUAAGAGUGUGACUGUGGAGGCUCUAACAGAACACCUACAGACAUGUUUUCCAGGUGUUCCCACACCAACAGAGGAGGUUUUGCACCACACGCUUAGCACGCUGGUCCAUGAGCGGAAAAUCUAUCCAACACCAGAUGGUUAUUAUAUUGUAACCCCACAGACUUAUUUCAUCACCCCUAGCCUAAUCCGAACCAGCUCCAAGUGGUACCACUUGUCUGAGCGAUCCACUGACCGACGACAACAGCAACAACAAACCCAACAGCAGCAUCAGCAGACACAGUGCACAUCACCUCUGUUUGGCACCAUAACUCCAUCAACAUCAGGAGGUGUGCGUGAUCGAACAAACCCAAAGUCGAACCAGAACCACAGUGCAUGCAGCGGAGGAGGUGGAGAUUCUUUUUACACUAAUAGUUACCGUGGAGAAGAUCCUCCAUACCAUCACUCCACCUUGCAGCGACGAUCCCCAAAAGAGCACCGAGAGUCAUACCCGUCCCCACAAACACCGCCUCAGGUUACAGGAGGUAGCGCAGAAAAGAGUCGUGGCAGUCUUGGGUUCACUUUCAAGACGGACACACUCACAAAGCACCGGAGUGGAGAAGGAGGAGGAGGAGGAGGAGGAGAGCAAGAAAAGCAGGUGUCUACAGGAAGUAGUAGUGGAAGUCGCAGGUUUGGUCUGAAGUUGUUCCGUUUGAGCUUUAAGAAGGACAAGGCAAAGCAGCUCGCCACCUUCUCUGCACAGUUUCCACCUGAGGAGUGGCCACUUCGGGACGAGGAGACACCCAGCCAGCUGCCACGUCACAUCGAAAUGGAAAUCAUACACAGAAUCAACCCUGACCUCACUGUUGAAAAUCUAGCUCGGCACACUGCAGUCAUGAAACGUCUGGAAGAGGAACGUGCUCAAAGGAGUAAAGCAUCAUCAGCCAAUCACAGCUCCCGGAGCAGAAGAAGUGGUGGUAGACACAGGAAGCAGUCUCAGACCAAACUUACUCGAUCGCAUAGCAAGACGAGGGUGCCCCGCUACGAGUCCAGUGACAAGUCUCAUCUUGACCCGGUGACCAAGGACUACAGAACGUAUUCAUCCUCGUUGGCUCGCUCACCAAGAGAACAGACACUAGCCAUGGAGCGACAGAGAGUCCGGCUUCAUCUAGCACACAGCAACCCGAACAUCCUGGAUUCUUCCCACCUUCCUGUCACACCUGAGUGGGAUGUUUCUGGUGCGCUCGCCAAACGACGUAUGGAAAUGCCUUUCCCUGAGCCCAGUCAUGGCCCAUCUUCUCAUCACUACAAAGUCCACCGCUCACACUCCCACACUCAGGAGAGGAAGUCCAGAACUGAACGCAGUGAUAAAGCAAAGGAACGUUCCAGAUCCAUGGACAAUUCGAAAGCACCACUUGGUGCUGGUCUGCUUGGACCUCCUGAUUACUAUGAUGACCGGAGCCGAUACUUCACUGAUGAUGGAACACUGAGAGCAAAUCAGAGCUCUUCUAACUACCACCGUGUCACACCUCCUACAAGUAGACUGCCUGGGGACUCGCUGGGUUUAGAUGAUUGCAUGAGCUUAGAAAAAUGCAAAAGCAGGGACAACUUACCAGCGUACUCACCAAAAUUAAUGCCCACUUCCAUUCCAUCUGAAGAUUACUUCCAGUGUUCAAGUUCGUCUGAGGCCAUUCUCGCAGCAACAAACCCGAUGGGGACUGUGGGCAAAGGUAGUCACGAUGCCUUAAAAUUGAACAGCAGUGACAGGCAAGCAGACAGACAGACACCCUACCUACCAGAAAAUAAAGAGGACACAGCAAAGGCUGGACCUCAGGGUAGUAGUCUGCCUCCUAUACCGCUCUCGAGCCCUGAUCCCUCACUUCUGAAUGGUCGACCUCCACUCAGUGCCUCCUCUGGUCUUGAGAAACAUAAAGACAUUUUUAGUAAAGAUACACUUUUUAAACCUCCUCCCAGCCUUUCUCUACCUGGUUACAGUUCCUUGAGAAAAACUCCUACCUUUGCCUCCUCAACCCUCUCCUCAUCCUGCAAUGCACUCGAUUCCCAGGAGCUGUUUGAUGCUCCCAAACCUUUGGUGGCCAUACCUUCUGCUGCCCUACCUGCAGCUGAACCCAUAAGUAGUACAGCAGAGGCCUCCUUUGAUUACUACAAUGUCUCAGAUGAUGAACCUGAAGAGGGGGGUGCUAAAAGUCCAGAUGAAGCUGGGACGCCAGGAGGAGGUGUUCUUGGAAUUGCAAGAAGGGCAGGGACUAUGCAGUGGCUGCUGGAGCGAGAGAAGGCCAGGGAUCUACAGAGAAGAUUUGAGAGAACCCUCACCUUUCCUGGUGCAACAGAGGACCUUCCAGAGACCAGUAAGAAUCAACAGUCAGCUCAUUCUGUGAGACUGGACAGCAUGGACUCCAGCUCGGUUACUGUGGACAGUGGAUUUAAUUCACCAAGGUGAGAUCCGCACCUACACACAAACUCACAGCACUGAAAACCGCUUGACCAAGUUACAGGAG